CAAUCAUCCCCCGCCCGGCUCGGCGCUGGGCUCGGCAGGAGACGCGGGGCUGCUCGGUAGCGCCGAGAGCCCGCGGAAAAACCCCCGCUGCCCCGGCGCUGCUCCCGUAGCCGUGCGGCGUCUCCAGCCAGAGGAACCGGGCUGCCUGCGCCCGGCGCAGGAGGAAAAUGGCUGAAAUUCUUGGACCAACAUCCAUCCAUGAUGAGGAAUCCUUGGAAAGCAGAAUGGUGGUUACGUUCCUCAUGUCAGGACUCGAGUCAAUGUGUACAGAACUUUCCAAAUCCAAGGCAGAAAUAGCCUGUAUUGUUGUAUUUGCAAGAAAUGUUUUUGUUGUUGGAACUGAGAGAGGAAAAGCCUUUGUCAACUCUAGAGAAGAUUUUAAGACGGAUUUCAUGGAAUACUGUGUUACAGAGGAGGGAAGGCUUCCAGAACUGCAGAAAACAAAGACUACACCACCUGUAAACAGACAGACACUGGAUGCUGAGGAGCUGGAGGCUCUUAGAAAGUCUGUGGAGGAGUUUUUCUGCUUUUCCUAUGGUAAAGCUUUCGGAAAGUCAACAGCAGUACCUGUGCCAUAUGAAGAGAUUCAGAGGAACCAGUCUGUUGUGAUAGUGCAGGGCCUGCCUGAAGGAGUCUCAUUUAAACAUCCAUCAAAUUAUGAUGCUUCCACCCUGAAAUGGAUUUUGAAAAACAAAUCAGAGAUCUCAUUUAGUAUCAACAGGCCUUUCGUAGAACCAAAGAAACAGACAGAAGCUGAUGUGACAACUCCUUCACAUUCAGUUAUACCCCCACUUGAAAGUUGUCCUCCUGUUCAGGUGAAAACAGAACCAAGCAAGGAUCCUGAGACCAACGAGGAUUGUGGAAUUUCUUCCAAAUUGUCAACAGUAACAUUGAAACAGGAAAAAGAGGAUCCUAACUACUAUCAAUUUAAUACUCCAGCAGGCCCUUCCAAAACACCAGAGAUAGAUGAAAACAUUGCUCCUGGAAAAACUUACCCAGAAACCUCCCAGCCUGACUCAUCAGAAACAAGUGAGGAUUCUGAGGCUGAGUUUGGUAACGAAGAUGAUGAUGGUGAUGUUGGUGAUGAUGAUGAGUACGUGCCCCCUGAAGAAAGUUUGAGGAGUCCCACUUCGGCUACUGAAGGGGCCAAUACUGGGAGAAGAAAUGCAGAAGAAUUCAGUUUUGAGACCUCCCACCAUGGCAUGUCAGAAAUAAGUGAGAAACCUGAGGUUGAGGUCACCAUUGAAGAAGAUGAUGAUGACUAUCCACCACCUGACAAGAGGCAGAAGAGCACCAAGUCGGCUAAUGAAGGGGCCAGUACUAGGAAAAGAAAUGCAGAAGAGUCCGAUUCUGAUUCCUCCCAGGAUGACUCGUCAGAAGCAAGUGAGGAUUCUGAGGCUGAAAUCACAAGUCAAGAUGAUGAUGAUGAUGAGUACCUGCCCCCUAGCAGGAGAAAGAGGAGGAAGAGGAACACCAGGUCGGCUAAGGAAACUGCCAACAGAAGGAGAAGAAAAGUACAAUAUUUCAACUGCAAUUCUUCCCAACAUGACUUGUCGGAAAAAAGUGAGGAUGCUGAGGUUGAAGUCACUUUUGAUGAUGAUGAGGAUGACUACCCACCACCUGACAAGAGACAGAGGAGCAGCAGUUUGUCUAACGAAGAUGCCAAUGUUGAGAGAAGAAAAGAAGAAGAGUUCAAUUGUGAUUCCUCCCAGCAUGACAUGUCAGAAAUAACUGAGAAUCCUGAGGUUGAGGUCACUGUUGAAGUUUCGAAAUUCAAGGCAGUUCCCGUUCUGCAUGCAAAUUCCGUGGACAAAAAUACAGGGGGUUUUUUAUUGUUUCUUAAAGAUGAUGAUGAAGACAAUCUGCCACCUGAUAAGAGAGUUAAGAGCAAAAAUUUGGCCAAUGAAUCUUCUGAAUCUGAGAAAAAAGCUGAAGAGUUCAGUUCUGAGACCUCCCACCAUGAUAUAUCAGAAACAAGUGAGAAUCCCGAGGUUGAGGUCACCCUUGAAGACUCUGACCAUUCCUCUGUGUUCCGUGAGACAAGACAGAGGAGCACCAGGUCAGUUAAUGAAGAAUCCAGUACUCAGAGAAAAAAAGAGGAAGAGUUCAGUUCUGAGACCUCCCACCAUGAUAUAUCAGAAACAAGUGAGAAUCCCGAGGUUGAGGUCACCCUUGAAGAUUCUGACCAUACCUACAUGUACCCUGAGAGGCGAAGGAGAAGCAGCAGGUUGGUUAAUGAAGAGUCCAGUACUCAGAGAAGAAACAGAGAAGAAUUCAAUUCUGAGACCUCCCACCAUGAUAUAUCAGAAACAAGUGAGAAUCCCGAGGUUGAGGUCACCCUUGAAGAUUCUGACCAUACCUACAUGUACCCUGAGAGGCGAAGGAGAAGCAGCAGGUUGGUUAAUGAAGAGUCCAGUACUCAGAGAAGAAACAGAGAAGAAUUCAAUUCUGAUUCCUCCCAGCAUGACUCAUCAGAAGGAAGUGAGGUUUCUGAGGCUGACCUCACUAGUGAAGAUAAUGAUGAUGAGUACGUACCCGGUGAGAGGAGACAGAGGAGCCCCAAGUCAACCAGCGACUCGGGCAGUAGUGUGAGAAGAAAAGGAAUAAGUUUCAAUUUUGAGAAAUGGAAUACACGAAUUACAGACUUGAGAAAAGAAGUUGAAGUGCUGUUUGAUAAAAAAUAUGCUGAAGCUAUCAAGGUAGAGGGCCCAGCAUCUGUCCCAUAUGGAGCCUUCCAGUCCCAUCCAGGGGAUUUGUUUGUGGAGGGGAUGCCAGAUGGGAUUCCCUUCAGGAGCCCGGCCACGUACGGCAUCCCGCGGCUGGAGAGGAUCCUGCUGGCCAAGGACCGGAUCCGCUUCGUCAUCAAAAAGCCUGAACUUCUGAAUUUAACAGAUCCUCCAGAGGUCACUACAGCUUCAAAAGUCUCAAAUCCAGCAAAAGCAGAAUGGUCUUCCAGAGUCACCAAACUGAGAAAGAUGGUAGAUCAAAUUUUCUGUAAAAUGUAUGCCAAGGCUUUGGGGAGCAAUGACCCCAGAGCUGUUCCAUACAAGAAAUUUGAAGCACAUCCAACUGACCUCUAUGUUGAAGGGCUGCCAGAGAACAUCCCCUUUAGGAGUCCCUCGUGGUAUGGAAUCCCUUGCCUGGAACAAAUAAUUCGAGUGGGCCACAAAAUAAGAUUUGUGAUCAAAAAGCCAGAGCUGCUAAAUCAAGUUCCAAAAGAAAGUCCUCAGCACAGGUCAAACCCUCAAGGGAGAGAAGAUUGGAAUGUCAAGAUUACAAAGCUAAGACAGGAAGUAGAAGAUAUAUUUAGGGUGAAGUUUGCUGAAGCUCUGGGGGUUUCAGAGUCAGUGAAAGUUCCCUAUGCUGUGUUUGAGUCACACCCUGACUACUUGGUGGUGGAAGGUUUGCCAGAAGGAGUUCCCUUCCGGAGCCCCACCUGGUUUGGAAUUCCGCGCCUCGAAAGGAUCAUCCGUGCCAGUAGCAAAAUCAAAUUUACUAUUCAGAAGCCUGACCUUGUCAUUUCCCAUUUGCCUCUAAGAUUGGCUAGUAAAUUAAAGAAAACAGGAGUUAGUCCAAGGACCUCCAAAAGGUCACGAAGUUCUUCAGAAAAUUCAAGUGUUCCAGAGAUUGAAGUUACUAUUGAAGAGAGUCCUAAAAAAGACCAAACUAAAAAUGCAGAAACUGAUUCUAAUACCAGUGACUCCAAUGCAAAUUCAAAGCAACAAGGAAAAGACUUUUCUUUUGAGCUGUGGAAUACCAAAAUCAAUGACUUGAAGGAGAAAGUAGAAAAUAUGUUUAGUGAAAAAUGUGGGGAGGCUCUGGGACGCAGUGGGCCAGUGAAGGUGCCAUAUGCCCUGUUUGAUUCCUACCCUGAGGAUUUCCAUGUGGAAGGACUGCCUGAGGGGGUGCCCUUCCGCCAGCCCACCACCUUUGGGAUCCCCAGACUAGAGAAGAUCCUGAGAAAUAGACCCAAAAUAAAAUUUAUUAUUAAAAAGCCUGAGGUGCUUGAGGCAGCUAUCAAAGAAAGUUCUGGUAAAAGCUCACGAGGAAAAAAUAAUUCCUCCAGUAAUGCCAAUACAGCAAGGACCACAGAAAACACAGUGAAAACAGCUGAACGUAUUGAAGACCUAAACAUUGUUAAAGUAACCGUAAAAGAUAAUGAAAAUGAGCGACUGCCAAAAGCAGAAAAUGCCAGACAAUUGAGAGAGCAAGUAAAUGAUCUUUUUAGCCAGAAAUUUGGUGAAGCCACUGGUAUGAAUUUUCCUGUGAAAGUUCCAUACAGAAAAAUCACCAACAACCCUGGCUGUGUGUUGGUGGAUGGAAUGCCUCCAGGUGUGGCAUUUAAAGCACCCAGUUAUCUGGAACUCAGCUCAAUGAGGAAGAUUUUGGAUUCAGCAGAGUCUAUCAAGUUCACUGUCGUUAGGCCGUUUCCAGGACUUGUGAUUAACAAUCAGCUGCUAGAAGAAGCUGAAGCAGAAGCAGAAUCACCAGCAGCACCAGCAGCAGCCACUACCACAGCAGUACUACCAGAGCCAGCUGAACCAAGCCAAAGAGAAGUAUCUCUAGGAGAUAACACAAAACCAGAAGAACAGGUUCAAAUAAAACAAGAUGAAGACCUGACGUCAUAGACCUCAUCAAUACUGGCCAGAAGCUGCCUGUUCUGAGAAGAGCCUGCUCGGCCUGUCCAGAGCUCUGUAAUAUAACUGUAUAAGAGAAGUAUCUUCUAUACAAAUCCUUUUGUACUAUUAUAUAGGAAUGUCUACUUUUUCAGCAGUUCUGUGAAUUGACCUAAUAAUGACUGUAGAUUUGGAUUGUAUCAGUUUACUUUGGAAUAUAUUUUAAGGACUAAACUUGAUGCAGCAAUGCUGGGGAGAUGGCAGGGAUGAAAAUCAACAGGGACAUAGCUCAGGCUGUAUACAUUUUCCAAUAAAGAUUAAUUUCACUGUACCUGAAUGCAUUCUAACUUUUGUAAUAAAAAAAUCCUGCAAAGAGUUCAGUUUGUUUACUUUGGAGAAAAAAAACCCUUUACAUUAAUUUUCAGAUAUUACUUUAAUGUCUCUUUGGACAACAGUAUCUGUAUAUUUGAAUAAUUUUUCCUGUUAUAUCUAUCAUAUGUUUUUCCUAAAUAAAAGAUAAAAUUAUCCACUUGAUGGUUAGUGUGCAUUAAUGAGAUAGACUGUGAAAUGAUCAAUAUUCCAGUGUGUGGAUUAGGAACCAACUGAAAUAAAACCCCAUAAUAGUUUGUUCUGUUAAUUCAAAGUAGUAAGUCCAUGUUAUAUCAGAGUAUCACACAGUUUACAUGUGAUGGGUUUGGUCUUACAGUCCUGCCAUGGGCAGUAAUUGUGUGGACUUGUGUGAAAGUUUUUCUGCUGAAGGCUGUGGGGGAUGCUCUUCUGUUCAUUUAGAAUUAGCUAUGGAAACAUGCUACAGCCUGCUCUAAGCCCUAUUAUGUCAAAAAUUCAGAAUAUUCUGUGAAUAGAACAAAUAAAGUCCUGUGUGGUCCUGGUUAUCCCCCACAACAUGUAAAAACAUCUUUUUUUUUUUUUUUUUUCAAAUUUAACAAACCAUAAGAGAUGUACAGUUCUGGUUAUAUGAUAAUCUCUAAAAAUGCAGAUUAUUUGCAAAGGUUUCUCUUUUACUGGUGUGAAUUUGAGAUGAUUGCAUUAUGCACAAAUGGUAAGUGAUGU